AUGGAGAAGACCUACUCGCUGACGGCUCAUUACGACGAGUUCCAGGAGGUGAAGUACGUGAGCAAGUACAACAGCAGCAGCACCCUGCCCAACGGCUUCAACCUGCAGCUGGGCGCCCCCGGAACCAAGAAGCCGCGCUGCGGCCUGCCGCGCUGGAGCCGGCGCGAGAUCUGCCUGCUCUCGGGGCUGGUUUUCGCCGCCGGCCUCUGCAUCAUCCUGGGCUGCAUCCUGGUGCUCAAAUACAUGGCCCUGGAGCAGGACGCCUAUUGCCUGGAAGGCUGCCAAGAGAGGAAGGCCUUCACCAAGGCCUCCCGCUUCAUCGCCACCAACAUCGACCCCACCAUCGACCCCUGCAAGGACUUCUACUCCUUCGCCUGCGGCGGAUGGCUCCGGCGGCACGCCAUCCCCGAGGACAAACUCAUCUACGGCAUCAUCGCCGCCAUCGGCGAACAGAACGAGGAGAAACUGCAGCGCCUGCUCCUGCGGCCCGUGCGGCGGCCCUACCAGGCCUCAGCGGAGCGCAAGGUCAAGGAGUUCUUCCGCUCCUGCCUGGACAUGGCCGAAAUUGACCGGCAGGGGGCCCGCCCCAUGCUGGAGGUCAUCGAGGACUGCGGGGGUUGGGAUAUGGCGGCCACUGGCCGGCAGUGGCGCUGGGACUUCAACGAACUGCUGUACAAGACUCAAGGCAUCUACAGCACGGCCGUCUUCUUCUCGCUCACGGUCAACCUGGACGACAAGAAUUCCUCCCGCUACGUCAUCCGGAUUGAUCAAGAUGGGUUGACGUUGUCCGAGAGAACCCUCUACCUGGGACAGGAUGAGGAAAGUGAAAAGAUCUUGGCUGCCUAUCGGGUCUUCAUGGAGCGUCUCUUGGGCUUGUUGGGAGCUGAGCAUGUAGAACAGAAAGCCAAGGAGAUCCUGCACCUGGAGCAGAGGUUGGCUAACAUCACGGUCUCAGAGUACGACGACCUGCGCAGGGACAUCAACUCCAUGUACAACAAGGUGACCCUGGGGGAGCUGCAGCGCAUCACACCUAAUUUGAAAUGGAAGCGACUCCUCGACAGGAUAUUCCACGAGAAUUUUUCCGAGGACGAGGAAGUGGUGCUGCUGGCCACCGACUACAUGCAGCGGGUCUCUGCCCUCAUCCACUCCACGCCAAUCAGGGUCCUCCACAACUAUAUGCUGUGGCGCAUUGCGGUGGUGCUAAGUGAACACCUGUCCACGCCCUUCCGGGACGCCAUCCACGAGCUCGCCAAGGAGAUGGAGGGUGCGGAGAAGCAGCUGGAACUGGGCAAAGUGUGCCUGAGCCAAGCCAACAAGCACUUUGGCAUGGCGCUGGGGGCACUCUUCGUGGAGGAAUACUUCUCCUCCACCAGCAAGGCCAAGGUGCAGCAGCUAGUGGAAAACAUCAAACACAUCCUGGACCGGCGACUGGAAGAACUCGACUGGAUGGAUGAAGAAACCCGGCGAGCAGCCCGCGCCAAGCUGCAGCAUAUGAUGGUGAUGAUUGGAUACCCAGACUUCCUGCUCAACCCGGAAGCUAUUGACAAGGAAUACGAGUUCGAAGUCCACGAGAAAACCUACUUCAAGAACAUCCUCAACAGCAUCAAGUUCAGCAUUAAGCUGUCCGUGAAGAAGAUCCGGCAGGAGGUGGACAAGUCAGCGUGGCUGUUGCCUCCCCAGGCGCUGAAUGCUUACUACCUUCCCAACAAGAACCAAAUGGUGUUCCCAGCGGGGAUCCUUCAGCCCACUCUCUAUGACCCAGAGUUUCCACAGUCCCUGAAUUACGGUGGGAUUGGCACAAUCAUUGGUCACGAACUGACACACGGCUACGACGACUGGGGAGGCCAGUACGACCGGCACGGCAACCUCAUGCACUGGUGGACGGACGCCUCCUACAGCAAGUUCCUCAAGAAGGCCGAGUGCAUCGUGAACCUGUACGACAACUUUACCGUCUACAACCAGAGGGUGAACGGGAAGCACACGCUUGGGGAGAACAUUGCGGAUAUGGGGGGACUGAAACUGGCUUACUAUGCCUAUCAGAAAUGGGUGCGAGAGCAUGGGCCCGAAAACCCACUCCUCUGGCUCAAAUACACCCACGAGCAACUUUUCUUCAUCGCUUUCGCCCAGAAUUGGUGCAUUAAGCGGCGUUCACAGUCCAUCUACCUGCAGGUGCUGACGGACAAACACGCCCCGGAACACUACAGGGUCCUUGGCAGCGUCUCGCAGUUCGAGGAGUUUGGCCGUGUCUUCCACUGUCCUAAGAAUUCGCCCAUGAACCCAUCUCACAAAUGCUCCGUCUGGUGA